AUGUAUGGAAUGUCAUAUUUGUACUACAUAGUUGAACAAUGGAUUUCUAGGAGCAUUCAGGGACAUUGGUGCCCAAGGUCUGUAAUGUUUUACAAUUUUCUUUUCUUCGUUUGUUUAUUGUGGGCUAUUCACAAUAUUGAAUCAGACGAACCACUGCAAUUUGCACUUUUUAUAAAUGUACUAUCCAUUUUUUUUGACAUAGUAACAUUAGCAGUCUAUUUCCCAUCAAUGUAUGUAUCUGAGACGCUUAGUGCAACAAUUAUGAUCAUAAACAUGAUUGUUCGCAUGGUCACAAGCGUAUAUCUUCUACGAAUAGGCCAAGCAAGAGGUGGAUGUCUAUCCACAAUGUUUACUACAGGUCCUGCAAUGGGCUUUGGUCGACAGGAUUACGAGGACAUAUCUCAUCCGAUUCCACAAAAUUCCGAUUUUGCUGGAGUUUAAAAAUACGAUAUGACAUUACUAAAGUUCGAUACGUCGAAAAUUACGCGAUAUCAUUGUCAUAUCUCUCUCGUAAAUCGUAAGAAGUACGCGCACGUAUAAUCACGUUACUGACAUUAGAUACUCCUUUAUUUAUAUAUUUUAGAAUCUCUAACAACGAUGACAUUCAGUGCAAUCUAGAAUUUUUAUUUUAUGUAUAUACGUAUGCAAAUAACGCUCCGUCGAUACGCGAUGACACGAAAAGAACCGUAUAUUAUUAUAUCGUUAUAAUAAAACUUAACUUAACUAUACGUUUCAUACGUCCGACCUAUAGAUUUUAUUCUGUACAAUUAUUUGUACUCGUAACAUGUGAAUAAAAAUUUUCAUUGCAACCGUA